UUGUGAUGGUGACAUGCCAUAUAUUCAAUUGUUGGCUCAAUGAUCAAACCUUGAAAUUGGUUGAAUCUAAAUGCAUAAGAACCGCAAAGGGCCUACGAAAAUAGUUUUCUUGUAACACAGGCAACUCAGUUCAACGUUGGUUCAUUGCAUUGGGUUUGGUUUUGGAAUCCCAGACAAGUUUCUUCUCUAGAGACGAGGUAGGGGUAUAAGUCUCACCAUGGCCAAAAGCUCCUCCAACUUCAAGCUUGAACACCCUCUGGAAAAGAGGCAGACAGAAGCUGCUCGCAUCAGAAAAAAGCAUCCGGAUAGAAUACCAGUGAUUGUGGAGAAGGCCAAUAGGAGUGACAUACCUAGCAUUGAUAAGAAGAAAUACUUGGUUCCUGCAGAUUUGACUGUGGGGCAGUUUGUUUAUGUCAUCCGGAAAAGGAUUAAGCUCAGUGCUGAGAAAGCCAUAUUUGUCUUUGUCAAGAACACUCUACCGUCAACUGCUGCAUUGAUGUCUGCUAUCUAUGAGGAAAACAAGGAUGAAGAUGGUUUUCUCUACAUGACCUACAGUGGUGAGAACACAUUCGGAUUCCGCAAAUAGAACCUCAAAGCUGUAAAUUCUCGUCAGUUCCCUUACAUUCAAUGGCCACCCUGCUUUCCCAUUCACUUUACCCGAGUCAAUGUUGAUUAGUAACAAUAAUUGGAUUAUGCAAGUAGUUUGAUUUUAUGUUUGAAUCUUUACAGCUGAGAUUUUAGUUGAUGAAAUUAAAUUUUAAGAAACUUCCCCUAUA